AUGCUUGUAGACUCUCGCAAAUUCAAAUCCACCCAGUUCCAGGCUAUCCCGAACCAUUAUUAUCCCAUGCAGCCAUUCCCUGAACAAAGGGUUGAUGGUCAGGAACAACCUCAGCAACAACGACAACUCCAGCUGCUACUACACUCGCAGAACUCUAAUACUCUGCCUCCUGGAAAUGUUAGCGAUUCCACUACUCGUAGCAGCACCCGAUCUUACGUAUUCAUGCACAAUCGGAAGACGUCACAGGAGAACGUUGCGAAGUACAUCUGUGUGCACUGCAAAAAGGGUAGCAAAUACACUGCAAUUUCGGUCAGCGGAGACGAAUUCUUGGAAGACCCAGCUUUGCUCAGUCACUCGUGUAUACCCACCGAAAGGACCAAAGACAAGGCCGACAGAUUAAGAUUAUCAUACGAGCCAUUUAUAGAUGCUGAGAAGAGAACAUCGGUGAUGGCGCAUUACAUGGAGACAAAUGGCUACGAAAGCAGACGAAGCGCUAUAAAUUGUGCUGUAAAUAGAACGGUCCGCGAAGUGACGAUGACCAUCGUUCCUGAAGCACUACAAACUCUUGCAGAAGGGGAAACCUUCCUGCUAGUGCAAGAGCCGGAUCUGCACAUCUACAUGUUCCAGAUCAUCGUCAAGCAAGCCGUUGAGAACAAUCUCUUCGCACUUGUUGGAGACGGAAUUCACAAGCUUAACCCGCGCAGUCGACGUGGCACCGCGGUGGGCAUGGAAGGGGGACAGGCGUACACCAUACAUGAGAUCUGCGCAGGAGAUUUGAGAUACCGCUCCUCUUCGCAAACACGAAGAACAAGCGCAAGGGGGAUUAUGUCAUCAUACUCAACAAACUCAAAGUCGCAAUACAAGAAGCUGCCGAAGGCUUAA